GACAGGUGUCCACACGGCUCCAGAGGUAUCUCUGAAAGGAGGCAGCGGAGGAUGAACACAAGGUCCUGUUUCCGAUUUGCAUGGGAACAACUCCCUGGAGAAACGUAGUCAGAAGAUAGCUCCCCAUCACAACCACCACCCACAAUCUUCUCUCCUUUGUUUUCAACGGCUGCUCUUGCUUUCUACGGAUCGGAUCGGAUCAGAUCAGAUCGAGAGUGCUUCCACGAACAAGGACCCCGGGAGAGUCCUCCGAAAGCCUUUCUUUUCUCCCUCUCUUCCCUCCUGCCACUCUUUUAUCCUUUCUCUCUCUUAUCUAGUGGCAGCGGAGCAUCUGUGGGGCUGGCUUUUUGUUUUCCUUUUUGCCGUGACAGCGAUGGAAGGGAGGACCCUGUGCCGGUGAAGGAUGUGGAGGUGCUUUAUGCUGUUUGAACCAGAACAGCUCACGCUGGGUAAGAAGAGCAAACCGUCCACGACAGCGACAAAGAUAACCUGCUGGACCCUCUUCUCGUCCAUUUCUUUUUUCUUGUCCCCCUUCCUUGAAAGGUUUGAGAAACUUGGGUGUGUGUUGUACGCUCGGUUGCUUCUGAGCACUAACAGCCCCUUCUGCCUGUUGUCAAGGCUUUGGGAUUGGGACGCCGUACCACGCCUUCACUUUGGCCCCUCAUGCGCUUUGUGUGGGGGAUUCUCUUUUGGAAACACUGAUUUUCAUGUUGUGGUUGCUGCUGCUGCUGUCAUCGUCCUCAGUCUGCUGGUGUGAGAAACCAGAGUAUCUCUCUAGCAAAGACUGGCAUGUCAUCCGGAGAAUGUGGCAGUGUUUCAGCUCAUCCCAACUGAUGCAAAAUCCACAUAGAGAGCUCAGGAUCCAAGUCUCCCCAGAGGAAGGGGCUGAAAGGAGCUGAAGCACCGGGAAGGUACAGAGAAGCUGCAUCUGUUGCCAGCUGCUGUCGAGGAAACCACAGCUGAGCCCCUGAUGGACUCCAGCAUCUUUUCCAAAGAAGGAGCAGUAAAAGGCAAUCUGUGUGUCGCUGCCCAAGACGAGAGGAGAGUUCAUCUGUUCACUCUCUGGAUUAAGUUUGGGGGUUUUAUAGAUAAGGACCUCUUCCCUUUCUCGCGUGAUCUCUGCCUUUUGGACACAUGGAAUCUCAUUGCCAGCAGGUAGACAUGGGCUAAAGGACCACAUUCCAAUACCCACAAAGGCCACCCAGCAAUCGAGUUGACAGUUUAUUAAAGAGAGCUGUGCCUUUUGAGAACUCCCAAAGACUCAUUUAGAUCUGAGAGGAUCGGCCUCCCCUGGCUCUUUCUUCCGUCUUGUUCUCCAUGAUAGCCUACACUUCCAAAUCUGAGGGAAAACUGGUUUGGAACCCAGUAUUAAGCUGCUUUUGGAUGUCGCUGAUCCGUAUGCUUUCCUAGUUUGGUUGGUUCUACCCUCAGUUUUGAUGGUGGAUCUGGGAAGCGUUUCAGAGUCAGUCUGGAGUUUCCUUCUGGGUUUGGUUUUGUCCCUGAUAGAAAUGGCUUGUUGACAACAAGGACAACUUGGGGAUCUAUGACUGGUUUGGAAGAGGGUGUUCACACAGAGGAAACGGUUUGAUGGGACAACAGUCCUUUUGGCCUGGGCUUUGUUCUUCUCCAAGUUAUGGAUUACCACCUCAGGAUGGCUUGUAGACUUCAGAUCUCUCCUCCUGAGAACUGAAGGCCCUUGUACAUACCUGUCAGACAAUGGCGGUUCCGGAGAACACUUAGCUAGCCCCCGUCUUGGAGACGAGUGGGGCACGUCUUUCUAGUGCCCAGUGUUACCGCUGUCCUGGAUCUCCCGGUAGGGGCCUGGGCCCCGGUCAGCGGCAUGACCGCUUGCCAAUAUCCUAUGGGGCCAGGCUCUCUGGAGCGGGACCGGAUGUACCAGCACAAGGUCUCUUUGGUGGUCCGAUACUUCAUGAUUCCUUGUAAUAUCUGCCUGAUCCUCUUGGCCACCUCCACUCUGGGAUUUGCUGUCCUACUUUUCCUCAACAACUACAAACCAGGAAACUACUUCCCGCAGCCACUGCCGACGCCUCAGGAUGUGUGUCGAGGGGUGCUGUGUGGGUUUGGUGCCGUGUGCGAAAGGAGCCCUUCAGACUCAUCUCAGGGAGUGUGCGUAUGCAAGAAGACGACAUGCCCUUCAGUGGUGGCCCCUGUCUGUGGCUCGGAUUAUUCCACCUACAGCAACGAAUGUGAGCUGGAGAAGGCGCAGUGCAACCAACAGCGUAGGAUCAAAGUCAUCAGCAAAGGGGCAUGUGGUUCAAAAGACCCCUGUGAGGAGGUGACAUGCAGCUUUGGCAGCACCUGUGCCCGUUCCACGGACGGACUGUCGGCCAAGUGCAUCUGCCCAUCCUCAUGCAGCGGUGCCCCUGAGAACAUUGUGUGUGGCAGCGAUGGCAAGGAUUACCGCAGCGAGUGCCACCUCAACAGGCAUGCCUGUGACAAGCAGGAAAACAUCUUCAAGAAGUUUGAGGGGCCUUGCGACCCUUGCAAAAGCACCCACAACGACAUGAACCGCGUGUGCCGGGUGAACCCUCGCACGCGGCGUGCCGAGCUUCUCUCCCGGCCUGAGAGCUGCCCCCUGAAGCGGGAUCCGGUGUGCGGCGAUGAUGGAGAGACCUAUGAGAACGACUGCGUCAUGGUGAGGUCAGGCGCCAUUCGGGGGAUCGAGAUCCAGAAGGUGCGUUCUGGACAGUGCCAGUUUCAGGACAAGUGCAAGGACGAGUGUCGUUUUAACGGCGUGUGUCUCAACCGUCGGGGGUCUCCCCGCUGUUCCUGCGAACGCAUUGCCUGCGACGGCUCCUACCGUCCUCUCUGCGGCAGGGACAGCCGGACCUACUCCAACGACUGCGAACGCCAGAAAGCAGAGUGUCAGCAGAGAGCCGCCAUCCCAGUCAAACACCAGGGCCCUUGUGAUCUUGGCACACCGAGUCCCUGCCUGAGUGUUGAGUGCACAUUUGGGUCAACCUGUGUGGUGAAGAACCAGGAGGCCGUGUGCGAAUGCCAGCAGGUGUGCCAAAGUGUCUACGACCCAGUCUGCGGCAGCGACAGCCUCACCUAUGGCAACCCCUGCGAGUUGGACGCCAUGGCGUGUGCCCUCAGGAAGGAGAUCAGGGUGAAACACAAAGGCCCUUGUGACCGUUGUGGCAAGUGUCAGUUCGGUGCCAUCUGCGAAGCCGAAACGGGAAAAUGUGUGUGCCCCACUGAAUGCGUCCCCUCCUCUCAGUCGGUCUGUGGCACAGAUGGGAAUACCUACAGCAACGAGUGCGAACUCCAUGUGCGGGCAUGCACCCAGCAGACUAACAUUGAAGUGGCGGCGCAAGGCGACUGUAAAACCUGUGGGUCGGUGGUAUGCUCUUUCGGGGCCCAAUGCAUGGAUGGGCAAUGUGUCUGCCCACGCUGUGAGAAGCAGCCCCUGAGUCAAGUGUGCGGGAGCAACGGUGUCACCUAUGACAAUCCGUGUGAGCUGCGGGUGGCAGCCUGCCAACAGAAGAAGGAUAUUGAGAUCUCUCGGACGGGGCCGUGCGAGGAUGAAUGCGGAUCAGGAGGAGGCUCUGGCUCUGGGGACUUGAAUGAGUGUGACCGGGACAGCUGUCGGCAGUAUGGCGGCUCCUGGGAUGAGGAUGUGGAAGAUGACCGCUGCGUGUGCGACUACACCUGUGGGGCUGUGCCAAGGAACCUGGUGUGCGGCUCCGAUGGAGUGACCUAUGCGAAUGAGUGUGAACUCAAGAAGACGCGCUGCGAGAAACGCCAAGAUAUCUACCUGAUGAGCCAAGGAGCCUGCCGAGGAGUCACCAGCCUCCCUCCUCCUCUCGAAGUCCUCCAUUGUAGCCAGACUGUUUACGGAUGCUGCCCAGACAACAUGACGUUGGCUCUCGGAGUUGGCUCAGCCGGAUGCCCCAGCACCUGCCAUUGCAACCCCUAUGGUUCCUAUGGAGGCGGUUGCGACCCUGCAACGGGGCAAUGCUCAUGCAAACCUGGCGUCGGGGGCCUGAAAUGCGACCGCUGCGAGCCUGGCUUCUGGAACUUCCGUGGCAUUGUCACUGACAGCAAAAGCGGCUGCACUCCUUGUCACUGCGAUCCCGUCGGUUCAGUGCGCGACGACUGUGAGCAGAUGACUGGCUUGUGUUCCUGUAAGACGGGCAUCACCGGCAUGAAAUGCAACCAGUGUCCCAAUGGAAGCAAACUGGGGAUGACUGGUUGCGAGAAAGACCCAUUGGCCCCUUCGUCCUGUGCUGAAAUGGUGUGUGAGUUUGGGGCAUCAUGUGUGGAAGUCAACGGGUUUGCGCACUGUGAGUGUCCUGUCUGCACAGAGGAGAGCAUGAGGAAGGUCUGUGGCUCUGAUGGUGUGACCUAUGGUGACCAGUGCCAGCUGAGGACCAUCGCAUGCCGGCAAGGGCAAGUCAUAGAGGUGAAGCAUUUUGGCCAAUGUCAAGAAUCUAUCACCCAUGCCAGCCACACCACGCCACCCACCACCAUAAGGCCCUCGGACUCCCUUAUUAUCCCUCCACCCCCUCAAACAACUCCCCAGACCUCGGAGCAGCCCAGGACAGCCACCGGCUCUAAGUACUUUGAAGACAAAGCCUCCCAUCAGGGCCACCCAGUCACAAGGCGGAUAUCCACCACUCCUCACCCAGCCACAACCUCCUGGACGACACACAGCGUGCGCCAGACCACCGUUCGGCCUCUUUCGACUGCCCCGGUUGUCCCUGCUACCACCCAGCCGGCUUAUGCUGAAUCGGGCAGUGCGGAAGGCAGUGGGGAGCCAGAGAUGGGCACCAGCGGGGAUCAAGAAGGCAGCGGCACAGGUUCCGCAGGGGAUGAAGAAACAGAAGAAACAAGGGUCACUGGUACCCCAGUUAUAGAGAGAGCCACAUGUUACAACACUCCCUUGGGAUGCUGCUCUGACGGCAAGACUGCUGCCGCCGACGCAGAAGGAAGCAAUUGCCCAGCCACAAAAGUGUUCCAGGGAGUUCUCAUCUUGGAAGAAGUGGAAGGCCAGGAGCUCUUUUACACACCAGAAAUGGCCGACCCCAAAUCGGAGCUCUUUGGGGAAACCGCCAGGAGCAUUGAGAGCGCGCUGGAUGAACUUUUCCGCAACUCGGAUGUCAAGAAGGAUUUCAAGAGCAUCCGGGUGCGAGACCUGGGCCAAAGCAAUGCCGUGCGCGUCAUCGUUGAGGCCCAUUUCGACCCAGCCACCUCCUACACAGCCUCCGACAUCCAGAGGGCCCUUCUGAAGCAGAUCAAAGCCUCUAAGAAAAAGACCAUCUCCGUGAAAAGACCUCAGCAGGAGAACAUCAAAUUCAUGGACUUUGAUUGGAUCCCCCAAGUCAUCACCACUACAACCACUACCACAACAGCCACCACCAUGGCCACAGCCGCUGCCACCACCCGCCGCUUCACCACCCCAGCUCUGCCUCGGGCGCUAUACCCGGGGAGGACCAAUGGUAAAACCUCUGGGGCAGUCACCACGAAGAGGCCCGUCACCACAGCGCCGCUUACCACUCCCCGGAAGAAACCGUUCCGCCCGCCACCAGCUACCAAGAAACCAGCACGGCCUUGUGAUUCUCACCCCUGUCUCCAUGGUGGCACUUGUGAAGAUGAUGGCCGGGACUUCACCUGCAGUUGUCCAGCUGGGAAAGGAGGAGCAGUAUGUGAGAAGUCCAUCAGAUACUUCAUCCCUAGUUUUGGUGGAAAGUCCUACCUGGCCUUCAAAAUGAUGAAGGCUUACCAUACUGUGCGCAUCGCCAUGGAGUUCCGGGCCUCUGAACUCAGCGGGCUGCUUUUGUACAACGGGCAAAAUCGUGGCAAGGAUUUCAUCUCCCUCGCACUUGUGAAUGGCUUUGUGGAACUCAGGUUCAACACUGGCUCAGGGACGGGUAUCAUCACAAGCAGGGUGCCCAUUGAGCCCGGUCGGUGGCAUCAACUGGUGGUCAACCGGAACCGAAGGAACGGCAUGCUCUCUGUGGACGGGGAGCCUCAUGUCAAUGGCGAGAGCCCGAGUGGCACCGACGGGCUGAAUCUUGACACGGAUCUCUUUGUCGGAGGGGCGCCGGAAGACCAAAUAGCUGCGGUGGCUGAGCGGACCUCGGUCACAACCGGCCUAAAGGGCUGCAUCCGCUUGCUGGACGUGAACAACCAGAUGUACGACCUGCGGGAGAAAGGCAGCGAUGUGCUGUAUGGCAGCGGAGUGGGCGAGUGUGGCAACAACCCUUGCCACCCCAACCCUUGCCACCAUGGUGGCCUCUGCCACGUCAAAGAAGCCGAGAUGUUCCACUGCGAAUGCCUCCAUGGUUAUACAGGGCCGACCUGUGCCGAUGAAAGGAAUCCUUGCGACCCCAACCCCUGCCACAUUUCCGCGACUUGCUUGGUGUUGCCCGAGGGGGGUGCCAAAUGCGAAUGCCCCAUGGGGCGGGAAGGGGAGUUCUGCGAAUCAGUCACAGAACUGGACCAGACGGUGCCCUUCCUGCCAGAGUUUAACGGAUUCUCCUACCUGGAGUUGAAUGGGCUCCAGACUUUCGUGCCAGACUUACAGGACAAGAUGACCAUGGAAGUUGUGUUCCUGGCGAAGAACCCAAGUGGCAUGAUUUUCUACAACGGGCAGAAGACUGAUGGCAAAGGCGACUUCAUUUCCCUGUCCUUGCAUGAUGGCUACUUGGAAUACAGAUAUGACCUGGGCAAAGGAGCCGCUGUGAUCAAGAGCAAGGAACCAAUUCCCCUGAACACCUGGACCAGUGUCUUACUGGAAAGGAACGCACGCAAAGGGGUGAUGCGGAUCAAUAACGGCGAACGGAUCAUGGGAGAGUCUCCGAAAUCCCGUAAGCUUCCUCACACGUCUCUCAACCUGAAGGAGCCCCUCUAUGUUGGAGGAGCGCCCGACUUCAGCAAACUGGCCCGGGCUGCUGCCAUGUCCACCAGCUUUGAUGGAGCCAUCCAGAAGAUUUCCAUAAAGGGCAUCCCGGUGCUCAAGGAGGAGAACAUCCACAGUGCCAUUGAGAUCUCCACUUUCCGCUUCCACCCCUGCACCCAGAAGCCCAGCCCUUGCCAGAAUGGAGGGAUGUGCAAUCCCCGCAUGGAGAGUUACGAAUGCGCCUGUCAGAGGGGCUUCUUUGGGGCCCACUGUGAGAAAGUCAUCAUUGAGAAGGCGGCAGGAGACUCCGAGGCCAUUGCCUUCAAUGGCAGGACUUACAUAGAAUACCACAAUGCUGUGACCAAGAGUCCCGACGCACUGGACUAUCCUCUGGAUAUCAGCGAGAAGGCCCUGCAGUCCAACUACUUUGAGCUGAGCAUCAAGACCGAAGCCACGCAAGGCCUCAUCCUCUGGAGCGGGAAAGCCCUGGACCGUUCAGACUACAUUGCCCUGGCCAUUGUGGAUGGCCGCGUACAGAUGACCUACGACCUCGGCUCCAAGCCGGUCAUCCUGCGCUCUACGGUCCUGGUCAACACAAACCAAUGGGUCCAAAUCAAAGCCUACAGAGUGCAUCGAGAAGGGUCCCUCCAAGUCGGCAACGAAGCCCCCAUCACAGGCUCUUCUCCUUUGGGAGCAACACAGUUGGACACAGACGGAGCCCUUUGGCUAGGAGGACUGGAGAAGCUCAGCGUGGCCCACAAGCUCCCCAAAGCCUACAGCACCGGCUUCAUCGGCUGCAUAAGAGACGUGAUCAUCGACCGCCAAGAACUGCAUUUGGUGGAGGACGCUCUAAACAACCCCACCAUAUUACAGUGUUCGGCCAAAUAAAGAUGGCCGGCGGCACCUCCUUCCUCCCUUCUCUACUCCUCCCUCCACUUCUCCUCCUCCUUCCCUCUCUCUUCCUUCCUCCUCCUCCUCCCAGCUAUUGCUGUAAUUAUUUUCUAUUUUUGUAAACUUAUUGCUUUUUAUAUUUUUGUGGGGGGAAGGGAGGGGGGAGAGCAGGGAGACAAAGAGGAGGAUGAAGAGAGGACUUUCGGGGUGGGCCUUUAUUUUCCAUUCACUCGUUCGGUUGCGGCGUUAUCUCAUCCAAGCCAGUUGGACUCUUUUGAGAAGGAGCCAAGCCUCCAUUUUUGAAAAAGAAAAACAGAGAGAGAGAUAGAGAGAAAGAAAACAAAACUCCCAAGAUGUGACCAAGGAACAAACAUGCUUCUUCCAAACCCAGCCGCCCGCCCUGCUUUUGGACGUCAUUGUCUGCUGUAAAUGUCAUUCAUACUUGAAACAAAUAAUAAUGAUUAAAAUAAUAAAGAUAAGGAGAAGAAUCGGGUUUUGGCCGAAGCUGGCAAGGAGAAGACGGGCAAGUUUCCUAGGAGUCUGCAAAGAUGUCCAUUUGCUGUGACUUUGGAGAAAGACAUACGUUGGGGGGAUGAGAAGAGGCCAUGGCCAGUAGCACAUGGGAGCAUGGGGAGCGUUGUGGGGAGAGGGCUGAGCCCAUGUGAGGCAUCUGCUGAGGACGUCCAAAGGACUUGGACCAAAACCUUCGGACCGACGCACUCGCCCUUUUAGUCUUUACUAGGCUUGCUAUUAUCUUGUACUCACAGUUAGGAUGGCAAACACUGAAUAUGUCUUUUUCUUAACUCUUGCUCUCUCUUUGGACAUGCUUCCGCUGAUUCCAAAAUGAACCGGGCAUUGUUUUUCGGGUUAUGUGGCCCUGUUCUAGAAGAGUUUACUCCUGACGUUGCGCCAGCCACAGAUGGAGGCGAAACGUCAGGAAUAAACUCUUCUGGAACACGGACACAUGGACCGUAAAACCCACAAGAAAACUGUGGAUGCCGGCCGUGAAAGCCUUCGGCAUCACAUUGAACUGGGGAUUCUCCUCCCUGGCAAAAUGGUUGGUCUGAAGGAUGGAAAGGUGCGCUCUUGGGUUGAGCCAGUAAGGAGAGUAAGAGAGGAACGAUAGGAGGGUGGGAAGCAGAGCUUGAACAUCUUGCCCUUUUUCCAAUGGCGGAUUGUUGUAGUUGUAGUCCAAAAUACAGUUGUCCCUCCAUUUUUGCACCAUGCACCAUUUUAACCCUCUCUUUACCAGUCCCCAAAGGACCAAGACCGCGGACUCAAAGUCCGCGAAAAUGGAGGGACGACUAGUAACUUUUUUUCUGGUGGGGAGAAAGUUGACAGUGUUCCCAGACAGCGCACCUUUCGUCAAAUCAGUAGGAACAUAAUGUUUAGACAAAUCCCCGUUCUAGUCUCUGGUGCUCAAUGAAACGAGUGAUGACACCUUACAAAACCAGCAGUAGACACCUUUUGGGUUUGUGUUCCUACAGGAUCGGUUAUGUUUAGAUUGGCUCUUCUUGCCUUGUCUUUUAUUCUCCGAAGAAAAAGCUUCCAGAGCCAUUACUCUGUGGGCAAAGCGAGUGCUUUCACUGAACUGAAAGGACCUUUGUGGGGAAGACCGAGCGCGAUCGCCCAUCCCUUUGACACUGCCAAGAAGUGUGGGCAUCUUUCGGAAAGGUCCGGGAAUGAGGGUGACGCCGCCUUGUAAUCCCAUCUCCGAAAGCAAACUGCCCUAUCAAUGGGCAAAGCAUAAGAGUGGCAUCUUUCCCCCGUCAGCUCCACUCAUCUUUCUUUGGUGCUCUGCCUUCUCUGCCUAAUGUUGAGUCCCCAUUCUCUCACACAAAACCCAGGGCUGUGCGUCAUGGAUGCCAGCGCACUGAUCUGGUACUGACUUUGGAAGGAGGGGAAGGCAUUAUUUUUAUGGUGUUCAUGUGUGAGGCUGAAGUGGGAGGGGAACUGCGGCCCCAGAGACCUCUGCGCAACUUCCUAAAAGGAUCCUGAAAGUAGCAUCGGGGAUGGAGGGCCUGAGACCUUUUGGGUACCUGUGGAAGGGGGGAAGCGUCAUUCUCCCCGACUUGGUGGCAAACAAUGUAAUAAACAACAAAAACCUAAA